AUGAAUCUGGUCCCCGAGGAUGCUGAUGCAAGAAGCGAUGUAAGCGAACAAGAUUUUUUUGACUCGAUCAAUGUUGAUAUUAUUGAUGAUCCCCUCACGAUAAAAGAGGAUGAAGGAAACGAUCAGCAAGAAGAACACGGAUGUAUCCGGCGUUCCAGUCGUCCCAAUCGCGGUGAACUUCCUGUCAAAUUUUCCGAAUAUGUAGUUGGUGUGGCCACGCACUCCAUAGAGGAACCUUCGACCUACAAGCAAGCAAUAUCCAGCGGUGAUCGAGAUUCAUGGAAGGUUGCUAUGGACAGGAGUGAAAGCAAGGCAGCAAUUUCUCGAGUCUUCGAGCAGCUGAAAGAGCACUUCGAGGUCGUAUAUCUAGGCGAUGUUAAGUUCUUCUUAGGUCUGGAUGUUCAGAAGGAAAACGGUGUAUACAGCAUUGGACUAACGAAUUACAUCGACAAGUUAGUGGCCAGAACGGGGCUCAUUGAGGCAAAAGUGGCCAAAACGCCAAUGGAUCAGGGAUACUUGAAGGACGAGGUUGAAAGCAAGCUACUAGAUGACAGUUCUAAAUAUCGGUCGAUUGUGGGAGCGCUACUGUACGCAGCGGUUUGCGCUCGCCCUGAUAUCAUAGCGUGUGCUGCCCUACUUGGAAAGAAGUUCAGCGCUCCAUCGGAAAAUGAUUGGACUGCUGCAAAACGCGCAGUCAGAUACCUGAAAGGCACCAGAGAUUGGAGAUUGCAACUUGGCGAGGAUCACAACGGAGAGUUAGUCGCGUUUUCCGAUUCAGAUUGGGCAGGUGAUGUUGGAACAUGCAAAUCUACAACUGGUUUUGUGAUUUACUAUGCAGGAGCAGCUGUGUCCUGGGCAAACCGUCGCUUUAGCCGAGACCUGUCAAGAAAUAAUUUGGUUGCUGCGACUACUUAA